AUGAAUUCGUUGAAUAUCAAAUGCACCCUGCUGUGUCUCUGCGUAACACGGGUGUUGGGAUUUUCACCACAAUUAAUAACCUGGACAGCAACACUAGACCUGCAACAAACGACAUCCUUGCGGUCGAAAGCCAUCGAAUCGGCCCUGUUCGUAACUCCAAGACGGGAAGGAGACAAGCUAUCCAAAUCGUCUCGCCUACGUAAUUUUAUACAUCGCUUCGAUACGAUUUCCGCAGCUGGACUAGAUCCCGAACAAGUUCAGAUUGCUGGCUUGUUCGGUCGGAUCAAGAAAAUACACAACCCCAGAACGUACUUAAUACUGGCGGCUCUGGCUGGAUUUCGAUGGGACUGGUGCUUUCGCAAUCCCUACUAUUGGUUCGCGGUUGGGUUUUGCAUUAAAUGGUACCGUGCUCGCUAUGUGUACAAGAUUCCCGUGUGGGAUCGUCAGCCUAACUGGAACAAUAUUAUUACCAGCAAAGAACAAGAAAAAGAUUUGAAAGCAUUCACCUGCAAAAAAUGUGGGUCCACUAUUUUUAUUGCCAAAACCAGGGAAUUCUUUUUCGAGGGGAACACGGGCAUCGGCGGUUUGGGUUGUUUUUCGUGUGGCGCCAAGGGCAAGGAAAAUUUUGUGAUGGAUCGCGAUCGGAUUUUGGAGGAUGUCGCCGAUGAGGAUGAUUACUUUGAGUACGAGAGACCGCUGGAUUUUGUCUCGCGUGCGGAACGACGGAAAAUCCUGAAAGAAGCGCAAGGAGACGAAGAAAAAGCGAACGAACUGUUGGUGAAACGUUCAGCAUCGGAUACGAUUAACGACGAAGUACCGGCAACGAGCAGCUCGUCGUCGGACGUUGUGGACACGAACGCUUCAGCGGAGGAGAGCAACUCGAACAUUACAGAAGUAGAAACGCCAAAAAAGCGAAAGAAAAACAAAAAGCAUAAGAAGGACUCGAAACCGAAAGAGAGCGAAAAGCAACCAGAUCUUUCGGACGACGAUUUAGACUUUCUGGAUAUGGACAGUUUGUAG